AUGACUGCUCCAAGGUGGAAGAAGCUGUAUGAAUAUGCAGCAUGCGAUCUCGCUGAUGGUCUACUAAAGCUGCAUGUCCCCGGUGCAGGCUUCCUCGCCGACAUCAGGCCGCUGCUUCAUACAGCCAGCAUCCCAAAACUCGAACCCAGAAAGGUUCUUGCGCCUGCGUCGACGUUUCUAAUGAUUCCGAAAGCGACAAAGUCUUUCCCGACCCCACCCAAGAUGCCGGAUGGCAUGCCAGCUUCCAAUCUUUCAGACUCUAGGCCGUAUGCAGAUUACACCGAGAGCGGCACCAUUGUAGUUAUCAGCCAGCCUCCAGGACAGUCGUGUGCAGUCGUUGGAGGCAUCAUGGCAGCUCGUAUGCAGCAUCUCGGCGCAGAGGGCAUUGUCGUCGAUGGUCGGGUGCGAGACAUUACUGCUCUGAACCAGACGCAGCUUCCCAUCUGGUCCAAGUCGACAUCUGUCAUAGGCGCAGGAGCCGAGACCAAGUUUCAUGCACACAAUGUACCCGUGAGGAUUGGCGAGACGGUGGUUGAGGCCGGCGAUAUCAUCAUGAUCGAUCCCUUCGAGAAUGGCGUGGUCGCGGUGCCACAGGGCAAAGUGGAAGAAUUGCUCCAAUUACUGCCUAAGCUUGUCCAGGCGGACGAGAAGGUGACUGCGGAUGUCGGGCGCGGUGUUAGUGUGGAGGAGGCGUUCAAGAGGCACAGAAACUAG